AUGGGAGAGACAAAGUCAGUUCAGAUGCAGAAUAUAUACUUCGGCCUGGGCAAUGAGCCGGGAGUGCUCAAGUUUGCGCCCACCGGGUUAGGAUGGAAAACGCCCGAGACUGAUAAAGUCGUUACUGCAUCUUCGGAAGAAUUCAAGAAGAUACAAUGGCUGCGUGUUGCUCGUAAUUAUCAACUAAGAAUACAAUUGAAGAAUGGAAAUGUUAUGAAGUUUGACGGAUUUAUAAAAGAUGACUAUGAUACUCUAAAAGACUUAAUACGUGCUAAUUUCAAACUGAACCUCGAAACCAAAGAACUCAGCGUAAAAGGAUGGAAUUGGGGGAAAACAGAAUUCCAGGGAUCACAACUCCUUUUUAAUGUUGGCAAUAAAACAAUGUUUGAACUUCCCCUUAAUCAAGUUGCCAACACAAGUCUUGCUAACAAGAAUGAAGUAGGAAUCGAGUUUAUGCAGCCCGAACAGAUGGAUGAAGAUGCUCAACGCAAAGGCAAACGACACACAACGCACGAAUUGGUCGAAAUGAGAUUUUUUAUACCGGGAACAACACUAGUCAAGAGUGGUGAAGAUGGGGAAACGAGUCAGGUAGAUAAAGAGAAUGAAACCGAGGAGAUGGAAGAGCGAAGCGCUGCUGCGAUAUUUCAUGAUACCGUCAAAGAAUUGGCAGAUCUUGGCCAA